AUGUCAUCUCCCAGCAAGAAUUCGGUGUCACCUCCUCCAUCGCACUUCAACUUCAGCAAUACAAACCUCAUCUUCACCACACCUCCCGUACAUACCCAGAAGAACAAAACCACCAAUGCGAACUCAAGCUCAUUGAUUUCCCCCCCACCAAGUAAGAGAGAGAGCACGUACAGCAAGCGCACGACGAAACCCAAUCCGUUGAUGAGCGGACGUGGAAGUGGAGAUGAGGGUAGGGAGACGAGGCGAAAAUUGUUCUUGAAGCGGGUGAGGGAAGGGAGUGAGGACAAGAAGUGGGCGGCGAGAGGCGGCGAUGAGGAGAUUUUGAGGUGUCUUUGGGUGGCGGAGGAGAGGAGGAGGGUGGAGAGGCAGAGGAGAGAAGCGAUGGGAAUUGAGGUGCCCAUGGAGGAGGAGGGUGAUGUUGAAGAGGAGAGGCUGAUGAGUUUAGAUGAGGUCAUGGCUGAAGAGGUCGCUAUGAGUGAAGAGCAGGAGUUGGAGGCUAUGCUGGGCAGCAUGGGCCCUGAGGAGAGUGCCUUCAAUUAUGGCUCGACAAAUUCGAAUCCGCUGGGUGUGCUCUUCGAGGACAUGGAUACAGUCAACCGAACUUCAGCACCUGCCGACCAGCAAUCAAUUUAUGGGAGCGACGAUGACGAGUACGAUCAAUUGUUCAUGGAUGUGAUUGAGCAAGAGAGUAGGACGUCGAGUCAACAACAGCCACCUGAUUACGUCCAAGACGAUGACAUGAUGGAUAUGAGUUAG